CUCUACUUAAAUGUGGAGUGCUGCUUUAACUUCACGCUUCCCAUAUGUCAUAGACAUUUAUAUAGGCAGUGGGGCAUUGACUACCUGUUAUCCCUCUGAAGGCAGAAGUAAUAAGCAGAGUGUGCUUGGCCCGAGGAGGGAAAGGCCAUGGAUCCCAAGCAUCAGCGUCUGGCAUUAAAUGAUGGUCACUUCAUUCCUGUACUUGGAUUUGGCACCUACGCACCUGCAGAGGUUCCUAAGAGUAAGGCUGGGGAGGCCACCAAAGUAGCUAUAGAUGCUGGAUAUCGCCAUAUUGAUGCUGCUUACCUGUACCAAAAUGAAGUGGAAGUAGGUUUGGCCAUCAGAAGCAAGAUUGCAGAUGGUACUGUGAAGAGAGAAGACAUAUUCUACACUUCAAAGCUUUGGUCAACUUUCCAUCGACCAGAGCUGGUCCGACCAAGCUUGGAAAAGUCACUGAAACACCUUCAACUGGACUAUGUUGAUCUCUAUAUUAUUCAUUUACCAGUAUCUAUGAAGCCUGGGGAAGAGAUUUUUCCAACUGAUGAAAAUGGAAAAGUCAUGUUAGACAUGGUGGAUCUCUGUGCCACUUGGGAGGCCAUGGAAAAGUGCAAGGAUGCAGGAUUGGCCAAGUCCAUCGGGGUGUCCAACUUCAACCGCAGGCUGUUGGAGAUGAUUCUGAACAAGCCAGGGCUCAAGUACAAGCCUGUCUGCAACCAGGUGGAAUGUCAUCCCUAUCUCAACCAGAGCAAACUGCUGGAAUUCUGCAAGUCCAAAGACAUUGUCCUGGUUGCCUACAGUGCUCUGGGAUCACAUAGAGACCCUAAAUGGGUGGACCAGAGUGCUCCAGUUCUCUUGGAAGAUCCAGUCGUUUGUGACUUGGCAAAAAAGCACAAGCGAACUCCAGCCCAGAUUGCCCUCCGCUACCAGCUGCAGCGUGGGGUUGUGGUCCUGGCCAAGAGUUUCACUGAGAAGCGGAUCAAAGAGAACAUGCAGGUUUUUCAGUUUCAAUUGUCUUCAGAGGACAUGAAUGUUCUAGAUGGUCUGAACAGAAAUCUUCGAUAUGCUGAUGCUGAAUUUGCGGCUGGACACCCAAAUUACCCAUUUUCUGAUGAAUAUUAACAUGGAGGACUUUUUCAUGAAUUCUAAAAAAAUCUCCUGCGUGUGGAUGUGAUACAGGAGAUGUCUCAGAUGCUGGUGAUUGGCACGUCUCUUCUGCUCAGCAAUGCACCCUCAGCUACAGCUACAUCCACAGGGCAUGAAGCAUGGACAGCAAACUUUUACCAUUUUCAAACACAAUUUUUAAUGUUGUUUUAUUAAAGAUUCUUAUUCACCACUGA